AUGCUCGCAGACAAGGAAGUGAACAUGGCCGCCUUCGAGGGCGCCGCUCCCUUCGACUCCUUCAACGUGGAGAUCGACUGGGACGCGUACACCAGCCCGGCCAGCUUUGUCCCCAUGAACGACUCCAUGGCCGGCUCUGUCGGCACCGUGUCGCCCAAAGACAUCUUCCACGACCCGCUUGCCUCGGCGCCUCCCUCGGCUGCCUUCACCAACUUGACGUCGCCGUCCAUCAACGAGUCUCCGUACAUCGGUGACAGCUACGAUACGUCGCCAAUCUUCCAGGACGGCGGCGACAUGUCCUCUCAAAACUGGUUCUCGCUCUUCCCGGAAGACGAGAAGGCUGCUGCUACUGCAACCCCACUCCAGCGCUCCGUCAGCAACCAGUCCUUCACCCAGUCCAGCUCGAACAACAGCUCGCCCAAGCCCGUGGUGGUUGACCCGUCCAGCCGACGCAAGUCAAACACCAACUCCCCUGCCCUUCUCACCCAGAACGCGGGUGUCAGCAAGCCUCGUCGCCGCAAGGGUCCGUUGCCUCCUAUCACGGUGACGAACCCGGAGGACAAGGUGGCGAUGAAGCGUGCUCGCAACACGCUUGCGGCGCGUGAGUCUCGGCAGAGGAAGUUUGAGCACGUGCAGGAACUGGAGAAGCGUAUUGCUGAAUUGGUCGACGAGCAGAAGAAGGCCUCGGAUGAGGCGGAGAAGUGGAAGAACAUUGCUCUCAGCCUCGGUUAUCCCCAGUCGUGA